CGCUGGGGAACAUGGAUUUUGGCAGCUAUAUAUUAUUGUGAACAUUUUGAGUCAAUUAAGCAUGUUGUCGAAUCGUUUGAUUCAAAUGAUAGCGUAGCAAUUAAAAAAGCUCAAGAUGUAUUGAAGUCUCAAACGCUGCAAGCAAAUUUGAUUUAUAUCAAAUCGAACUUUGAAUGUUUACCAACGGCCAUAAAACAACUUCAAGAGCAAAAAUUAUCAUUGUUUGAUUCAAUUAAAAUAACCGAAACAAUAAGUGGCAUAGUUAAGAAACUUCAAGGGCAACAUAGUGACAGUAUUAAAACUAAAUUAGAUUCAGUUCUAAAUAGUAAUUCCGGCUACAAAAUGAUUUGCAAAAUUUCCAAAAUAUUAUCCGGUGAAGAGGAAAGUAUGACAAAUCUAGGACUACCCGAAGACAUGACCCUUGAUGAUUUUUCGUAUUUUAAAUAUGCACUAAUCACCUCUACUGACGUUGAAAGGUCAUUUUCAAAAUACAAAAAUUUAGUCACAGAUAACCGUCGUUCAUUAAAGCUUGACAACAUUAAAAAAUCGCUGAUAGUACAAUGUAAUUUCUAAGGUAAA